GGCGGCAGGGCCGGGUCGGGCCGGGCCGGGGCUUGGUGAGCUGCGGGGGCCGUGCGGUGCGCACGACUCGGCCGCGAGCCGCAGGCCGGCGGCGGCGGGGUGGGGGCUGUAACUUGACACCGGAGCGAGAGGCCGAGCGGAGAGAGGGAGCGAGAGAGCGGCGGUGGAGGAGGAGAGGAGCCCCAGGGAGCGGGAUGGUGACCACCUUCUUCCCCUCCCCUUAGCAGCGCUUCGCAGCAGCCGCCGCCGCAGCGCCGGGACUCUCGCCUGCACGGGGCCGGGGGAAGCCGGCGAUGGGGACGGGACGGGCCCCUUGAGUCACCGCGAACUUUCCCCGCCGCGGGCAGCCGGAGCCAAGCAGGCGGAUGGAGGAUGCGCCCUGCCCGGCGGGCUGCGUGAGCCGGCGGCGGGGGUAGCAUGAAGAAGAAGCAGCAGCACGGCGGCGGCGGGGACUGCCCAGCGCCCCGGCCCCCCGCGGCGGUGGCGGCGGGAGGGGGCCCGAGCCAGGGCGGGGGCUGGAAGCGGCGGCGGCCCCUCUCGCUGCUGCCCUUCCUCUCGCUGCGCGACUACGGCUUCUGCAUGGCCGCCCUGCUGCUCUUCUGCGUGGGCUCCCUCUUCUACCAGCUCAACGGAGGACCCCCGCACUUUCUGCUGGACCUGCGGCACUAUCUGGGUAAUUCCACUUAUUUGGAUGACCACGGACCACCCCCUCAAAAGGUGCAAUACUUUCAAGUGGAACAGAAGGAUAUAUUUAGUGAAUGCAUAAUGAUCUGUUUACAGGAGGUACUUCCUUUCCCCAGCCAGGUGGUCUACAACAGAGUUGGAAAGUGUGGGAGUAGAACUGUGGUUUUGCUUUUGAGAAUUUUAUCAGAGAAACAUGGAUUCAACCUGGUAACAUCUGACAUUCAUAACAAAACAAGACUGACCAAAAAUGAACAGAUGGAAUUGAUUAAAAACAUAAGCACUGCUGAGCAGCCCUAUUUAUUCACUAGACACGUUCAUUUCCUCAACUUCUCAAGGUUUGGAGGAGACCAGCCGGUGUACAUCAAUAUUAUUAGAGAUCCUGUCAAUCGAUUCCUGUCCAAUUAUUUUUUCCGACGUUUUGGAGACUGGAGAGGAGAACAGAAUCACAUGAUCCGUACCCCCAGCAUGAGGCAGGAGGAAAGAUAUCUGGACAUUAAUGUAUGUAUCCUUGAAAACUACCCCGAAUGUUCCAAUCCCAGGUUAUUUUAUAUCAUACCCUAUUUCUGUGGACAGCAUCCAAGAUGCAGAGAACCUGGUGAAUGGGCCCUUGAAAGAGCAAAGAUGAACGUUAAUGAAAACUUCCUGCUUGUGGGGAUUCUAGAGGAGCUGGAAGACGUGCUGCUUUUAUUAGAAAGAUUCUUACCUCAUUAUUUCAAGGAUGUGCUUAGCAUCUACAAAAAUCCAGAACAUAGGAAACUUGGCAAUCUGACUGUGACAGUGAAAAAGACCGUCCCCUCUCCUGAAGCAAUACAGAUCCUCUACCAACGUAUGAGAUAUGAAUAUGAGUUUUAUUACUAUGUCAAAGAACAGUUCCACCUCCUAAAGCGCAAGUUUGGACUGAAGUCUCAUAUCAGGAAACCACGUCCCAGACCCGAGUUCUUCAUUCCUUCUCCCCUGGAAACAGAGGAACCAAUAGACGAUGAGGAAGAAGAUGACGAAAAGUGGCUAGAGGAUAUCUAUAAAAGUGGAGGUAAAGAAGUGCUGUUAUCCCCAUUUCAUACAUUGGGAAUGGAUACAGCCAGUGGUGCUUAGAAGCCCAGAAGAUGAAGCGAUGCCUUCCCGUUCAACCACCAACACCAGCAUGGAGUGAGGUGACAGGCCCCGUUCUGCUCCCCACGCCGCUGGCUUGGCAUGGAGCACCGCAGGCCUGAUAGCUGCCAGGCAGGGUGCAGGCUGCAUGCCUCCAUGCUGACAGCCCCAGCGCUUGUCCCUCAUCUCGCCCAGCCCUGCCUUGCUGCCUUGCCUCGGCAGUGCGCUCUGUGGAAGUUUUGCCUGUGUCUUCUGGGAGCACCUUCUGGAUGAGAGAACAAACAUGGGUGUAAUCCCCGCUCCUCUGCAGUGCUUUGUGGAGCCUUGCCCUGACCUGUGAUACUGGGGCAAAGAUACUGAGGAGGAGCCCACUCUGGUGUUGUCACCUUCACCUCUGCUCCAGAUCCAGUUUCUGUGCUGAGUACUGGGGCCAGUCAUGGCCUGCUUCUGUAGAAAUAACUGAGGCUUAGACAUGUCAAAUCUGUCCUCUCUGGCUCGGGGCAGAAGGCUGAAAUGUGCUGGCAGGUGAGAGCACCAGGGUGCAAACAGGUCUCGGUAGCACCAGCCUUCAGUUGGGAGCACAGCCUCGGUGUCAGCAGCAGCCCUGGAGGCUGGUGUUGGGGGGAGUGAGAGACUGGAGCGACUUUCUCAGUUGUAGCUAUCUGGUGGGCAUUUCUGCCAAAUCUCCUUUGGACAACUUUCUUUUGGAAUUGUCAGCACAUGCUGUGGGAAAAACUUUUCUUCCCGCGCUUUUUGGGAUGGAAAGCUGGCAAGCGGGGCCCAGCAGCACCUGUAUUCCAGGGAGGCCAGGGGCACCAGGGAGGAGCAAGGCAGCACAGGGCCUGCUGUGUGGGGCUGAGCUCCAGGCUGCCCCUCAUGCAGGGCUGUGCUGAUGGAGGACAGCACAGCUCCUCGAGCAUGAAACUGACCUCCUCACAAUGGGUUCUCUUGUCCACAAACUCCAUUGUGAAAGCUGCCUGAAUUCUCCACAUAACUGAAGCUUCCCAGCAGGUUUUGCCCCCAAGAGCAUGAUGUGGCCCAUCGGUGCUGGCUGGAAACCGGGCUUUCGAGUGGCUCCACAAUCCCACCCUUGUCAGUCACGCCACUUUGGUCUGUGCAUGGGGCUCUUUGUGAUAAAUCUCACUGGAAUUUGGAAACUGUUCAGCAAAUUUGACCUCUGCUUUGUUUUAAAAAUAUCACAGUGUCAAGCAGCAUCGUGCAUGCCUUAUCACUCAAAAGCUGGGAGAAGGGGAUGGAAUUAUGAUGUAGUCAGCUCUGAUUUUCCAAAACAAUGCCUUUUGAGUCAAAGGAAAAGUUUGAGCUUCUCAGAGAGGGAAGCAAAUGUCCUCUCUGCUUAGGGGAAGGGGGCUUUUCUGUAGCCUGCUCUGACUCUGCACAUGCACGUACCAUCACCCUAAAGGAGCCUAAAGUGUUUUUGUGCAAUGGCAGCCAGCUCCUAUGAGGAAGACAGGAUGAGAACUGCCCCAUUUCUCUGUUCUCACCACAGGAAGGGGAACAGAGGCAGCAGCAAAACCUUGGCCAAGACCAGCUCUGAUCAAAGCUAGGAACUGCUUUGCAAAAAAGGCAGAAAAGUGCAAAUUACAUAGGAAAACUUACCAGAUAAUCGAGAAAGUCCAGGAGAGGGUGAACAGGGAAAAUGCAUUUAGCUGCCAGUCAGCAUUUUUCAGGAGAGCUGCGUCCUUUGCUAAGGUGAACAAGAUCAGGCCCUUUCUUCCCUAAAAAAAUGCACAUGGUCCUGUGGUGUCCCCCUCCCCAGGCUGUGGUGUGGGUCAUGGUGUAGGUUGUGGUGUGAGUUGCAGUGUUGGUCGUAGCACUGUCUCUGGUGCAGACAAGCACACAGAAGCAUGGAUGCCUCGGGAGCCCCGCGCAGCUGGCAGCCCAGCCAGCUGCUGAAUCGCUGUGUGGCCUGGCCUAAUUGCUUAAAGCUUUCCUCUCCCUCACUGCAAGAGCUGGAGCAGAGAGUAUUUAUCUACUCUGCAAAACUUUAUGGGAAUUGGUGCCGUUUUGUAGAAUUCCUAAAUAAUGUGGAUCACAAUAGCUGUGGCAGAGCCAGGCUUCGCAAGCUCAGAUGUUUGCGAUGGUUGUCUUAUUCACAUGCAGCCUGUGAAGCCAGGGCCUCAUUCAAAGAGAGCAGAGAGCUUGCCCGCCUGCCUCCACCAGCCCCAGCAGCAUGUGCCCUGCACCCGCUGUGCCCCAGGCUUCAACCUCCCUUUCCCAGCACCUGAAAGGAGCCAAAAAAUGCCUCUUUGCUUAGAGGGAUCAGUGCAGGCUAAUCUACAGGAGCCUCUUUGCUGAGGACCAGGCUGCAUGCCUUGAUGCCCGGAGUGUUGCUAGCUCUUCCUUCCUCCCUCCCCUCUGGUUCAGUGUAGAUGAAACAGCCUCCUAUAAAAAAAACAGCAAGCCUAACAAGACCAAAGCAUGCAUUAUUUUUCCAGAAGCUGUUAGCUCAGUGAUCCAAAAAGUAUUGCUCCCAUUCCUGUUUGCAUUUCUUGAGAGGAGAACUGGCAGAGAAAUGGUGUGGAUGAGCCCUGAAAACUGCUGUGGGUACCUGACCCCCAGGGAAGCGCUGCAUUAUUCGCUGGGACUCCAGCCUGGGAGGCUGCGUGAUGGCUCCUGUUGUCUGGCCAGGGACAAAGGAUCCUAAAUGGAGGUGCCACCACACAGGGCAUGGCAGUCUGAAGAACACAAGUGGAGCAGAAGCAAGCUGGAAGGCCGCUGUGUAGCACUGUGAUUAGACAGCCAGCACCUGCUGGGAUACAGGGGAAGGUGGAAACAGCAGGGCAUGGAGGACAGACACUCCCCAUUCAGGUGCUAUGGGGCUGGGCAGCCAUAAAGGAGCUCACAGUAAGCAGCACAGCCACCAGCACAGCUGUAGGCACACUUCAUGCAAAGCCGUAGCGGUGGGUCCGGGUGAUGCUGUUUAAAGCCUCGCUGGCUUUCAGGUGCUGGAGCCAAUGCGAGGGAGGCUGAGCAGCCUCUGCAAUCAGCGCAGAGCUCAUGCUCCACAAAAACACAUGCCGAGCUUUCAAAGAAUGCAUCUGUUCAUAAUACCUCUUCGCAGCCCGCGGAAACUGGGGAAGGUGAAAAAAAAAAAAAAGACUUUUCUCUUCGGAGGCUGUCGUCUCAGGUACAGCUGUCCCGCCCCGGCCCGGCGGGCGCUAGGGGGAGCCGCCAGCGCGGCGAUGCGGUGCGGUGCGGUGCGGGCAGGGGGAGCGAGUCUGGGGGCGGCAGGGGCCGCGUCCCGCUGGUCGGCUCCGAGAGUACCGAGGUGCUGCGAGGUGUGCACGCCCACAGCCCUCUGUCAGUUAUUUUGGUCAGGAUGGCACGUGGAUCCCAGGACGGGGGCACAGAUUAGGUGGUUUAAAUCUUAUGCCUCGGGCCCCUCUCCAAGGAAAAGCUGCUGCUGACUUACAGCUGUCUCGUGCUCUCUGUGGAAUGAGAGGGAAGUCCAUUCAGUCUGGUGAAAAUAAACCCACCGUCAUAGCUGGCAUUCUCGGUGGUAGUCUCAGUGCAGAGGCCAAGGAUUUGAGGGCAGUGACACAUGAGGCAUCUCACUCCUAAAGAGCUCGAUCUGGGUUGAAACGUGUCAUCAGAAAAGCAUGAGGAGCCUUGCGCUCCCGCUGUCAGUACAGUGCUUGCCCUCUGCACACAGACCAGCUUUCCUUUUCUGUCCUGCCCGUCUGGCACACAGCACAGGGACCAUUUACUGUACAUUCACGUUAAAGGAGAAGCGCACCCACUUUCUUCUCACUGAGCUCGAGGACUCGUCAGCCCUGCACCUAGUGCUUUUCCAUCGCCAUUUACCCUUCUCUCCUGUGGGUUAAAAGUCUGCACCCAGCCUCAUCAUCUUCCCUAUGUCUGUGCUCCUCCCUGUUCCUCUCCCCCUUGGUGCUGGGUGCCUGCAGCGCCUAGAUGCAGUGAGGGAUGGGCGGGCUGACAGGGUGAGGGCAGCUCGCCGGCCCCGUGCAGUGGCAGCACCAUGUAUGCCACGCCCUGGCAGCAGCCAUCCUGUUGGCUCUCCUAAUUAUGGCUGUGCAGGGGUGUGAGGGACACUUCCAGAGUAUGCCAGCCCCACAGUACCAGCCCACUGAGCACCUGUGAGAUGGAUUUCUGUGAGGAAAAGCACUUCUGUUUUCUGGAGCGUUGCUGGCUGGAGGGUUGCAAAAACGAAGCAUGCAUAUUUUAUUUGUUGCUCUUCACAUCACUUACAAUGAAGCUCCUACGAGAUGUUGAACAGGAAUUAACCCCCACUGAGGAGUUGCUCGGCCCACUGGCCCACCCCAGGUACAGAGAGCAGCGCGGUGCCACAGCUUGCAGGAGCACAGCAGCCGUGUGGCCUGUGUGUGCUCUGCCUUCCCUGUCAGCCCAGGAUCAGGAGCGAGUCCAAAGGCCAUCCCAGGCAAGAAGUGCUGGCUGUAAUAAGGAUGAUGUGAGAAAGUGGAAGCUUUCAUCAUAGAUGCCUGGAGUUCUUUCUUUGCUGUGUUAUCAACAGGUCUGAGAGGUUAUACAGACUCCUCAUAAAGGGUGAAGCCAGCUUCAAAUGGGUGUCAUACCAUUUCCUCCUGAAUUCGUGUGAUACGAUAAACAUAACUGCAGAGCCCAGCACACAGGCUGCAUCCUGCGCCCUGAGACCAGGAGGUGCAGACAGCAACGUGGUGGCAGCCAUUCCACCCGCAGGGCCUGGCGCACACCAGAAGCCCUCCAGAAGGGUUUCUGUCCCUCAAAACUGACUCGCCGCCCCACAUCGCUGCUGCAGUGAUCUCAUGCUUCACAAGAGUUUCCCGGUGGAGCCCAAUCCAGCUGCCAGUGCCUCUGUGGGUGAAAUUAAAGAGAUGCAUCACCCUGGAGAUGACCUGUGAUCAUACUAAGUUGAAGAGCACUCUGGGAAAAAGAAAAGAAAAAAAAAAAAGGGAAGAGUAAGAAAAACAGUAAAAUAAAAUCUAUCGAGUCUCCAGGCUUUCCCAGGCAACUCUGGGUGGCCCAGUUUGAACUCUUCCCCCUGCAGCCACUGACAUAGAUAUUUUCUUGACAUGGCUUCCACACACUCACUGUGAGCCCUCCUCGGAGCUGAAUGUGCUGUCUUCUCACUCACUAAGUAAAAAAAACCUAAGGUUGGAAAACAUAAAACGCAGCAAGGCCAUGCAGAUGGCUCGUUGGGGUCUGCAGCACUCGGCUCCUGCGCACCUUCCGCUGAACAAUGUGGAAACGAUUUUUAAACUCAGUGGUGCCAAGAGAAGAAGGGAGGCACAGCUGCUUGGAGUCGUUGGGUGAGGAAGUUGAAGAACACCAGAAUUAGAGGCAGGUCUUUCACGCAGCUGAUUAGUGCGAUGGAAUGUCACAUUUUGCAAAGAAAGUUUGCUUAUCAAGCUGUAGAUUUAUUAAAUGUGUUCCAGACUUGCAUUGCUUCAUUCAAGUUUAACAGAGCUGUAAUACUUAAGAUGCCCUUUAGCAAUUUAAUACUCUCUUGUACAAAUCAUUGGAAAAUUUAAAAUAGAAAAAUAUGUCCAGGCUUAACUGUAAGAAGAAGGGGAACUCUGUACGAAAACAGAGCAGAAAGAACGCAUGGGUAAAGCUGAGUAUUACUGAAUAUCUUACCACAUGUACUAUUCUGCUGAGUUAUUAGUACAUGCGCUCUGAUCCGUAGGCCAAAGGAGGAACUAAGAGUAAUAAGUUACAGAACAACAGCUUUUGGCAUCAGGGCUGGAGACUGGCAUCACACCAUGCCCAGAAAUCACUCUUCAGAAAACACGUUUUAUAGAUUCUUUGCCUUCAGUGAGUACAAAUGCGGGUUUCUUCUUGAAGGAAAUGAAAGGCAGUUGUUGGUCUUGCUGGUAAGAGGCAGGAAGUACUGCUGUCAAACAUCAGGCAACUGCUUUUGCAAAAAAAAAAAAAAAAGGAUGUAAACGUUGAAUUGGUACAUCAUUAGGACAUUAAAGACACUAUUUGUUGGAGGCAGAGGGAGGGCAAGCCUGUGAAAUGCCUUGCUGCUCCAUAAUUACUUGUGAAUAUAAACACAUCCACAUAAACAUAUUUGUGCAUAAAUGUUUUGGGCCACAUACCAUGUGCAAGUAAGCUCUUCUGAGUCUCUGCGUGCCCGACGUGUGCAGGGAUCCAUCCCAAUUUAGACAAGAGGAUGUUAUUUAACAUUGUGCAUGCAUGUGGGAAAGAAGAGAAGGGCUUUAUUUUGCGGUAGUCAAUUAGAGUGCUCGACUUUUUUUAAAAGAGUAAAGGCUCUUAAAGCAGCCUGCCCAACCCAUUAGCUGCCCUACAACGCGUGCUCCUGAACCUGCAGCUGCUCUGCAGAUGGCUGGAGCAGAAGGUGCAGCAGUGCCUGCUGUACCACACCAGGAGACCUUCCUGGGAUGGAAGAGAGUGGCAAGCACACCUUUCUGAGGGCAGGGGUGAAAGACACAAAGCUGUAUAACACAACACUGCACAGCAGCCACUUCCAGGGGCACCAGAAAGCUGUGUCACUCAAUACACGGCUAGCGUGUGCUGAGCCAGAGAGCCAGCAGCCAGGGUGAGUCAAUGGCAUGCACAGCCCACGGGACUGCACGGAGGUCGGGAAGAGCCAGUGCUCCCAGGGGACAAACGCACUGGGAGUGUAAGGGCAGCACGAUUAAGGAUUUGCCAAAAUUCACAGAGUUAAGCGACAGCUGGGCCUUGGAUCUCCCCUCUCCUGCCCUCCUCACACACUACCAGGCCCUGAGCCAUUUUUAACAAUUAUCGUUGCCUUCCCCUGGCGACCUCACACUAACUCUUUCCAUACUAUUUAAGGGCUGCAGGCCUGGAAAUGACCUCCUGAAUCACUGAUCCCAGUCCCGUCUAAUUGGAGGCAACCGCAUCAUAUGAUCCCAGUCAGAAAUGCCUCAAAGUGAGAGGGUGGGAGGACUCGUAAUGAUUUCAUCCUUCCAAAUUCCAGAGGCAACACCCAAGCAUUUGUGGCAGAGAUUGUCUCUCACUUAGACAUUGUGGGAAGACUACCAUCGCCUGCUAGCAAAAGGAGUUUGUGCUGAAAGGUGUUUUGGUUUGCUUGCAGCUUUCUCAGUGUGGCUAUGGCAGUGCAAGUGAGAUGGGAUCUGAGUAGAGCAGCCACUCAUCUCUCCCACAAUGCGUGUAGCAACUGCUUGAUGCACAAAGCAGCAGCUUGCCAGCAUCUGAGACACCAGGAGAGCCUGCUAGGCCUCACAGAACGCUACUGAAACAGAAGCUGGUGCAACAUAAUGAAGAUUGGCAAGGUCUGGUGUAUGGUAACAGGGCCUAAUUUAAGCAUGAAUGUGCUAGCACCUCUGCCUUUGAAAGACAAGUGUUUCACGGCCUCUGGAUACACAGAAUCUAUUUCCCUGAGCUAGGGUGGGGGGCUUACUUCUCGUUCUCCAUUAUCUUUCUUCUCUCACUUUGCUGUAGCUCUAGCACUUGGCAGCCUGCCCCUGAGCCUGCAGCAAUGGCAGGAGAGAGGACCUGGGCAGCUGGUGGUUCUGUCUCUGCAGGGUGCAGGUCUCUGCAUGUUUUUUUUCUUUCUUGUCACCUGAUCCACUUGGUAGAAGAGUUGCACUGUGGGAUCAACCUUCUUACUCACUGGACAGCACAUCCUACAAAGCACAUCUCCUACCAAAACAGGGAGCGGGGUGGAAGAAGCACAAUGUGCCUCAGGUGGGGAUAAUUGGCAGUGGGAGAGAGACAGGUGAGUAGGUUUGCCUUGAGGGUUGGAUAGAGAAGCAACCAAAACAAGAGGCACAGGGCUGUUACACCAGCCUCUCUACAGACCUUGGUAGCUGCUGGAGGCCUGGGUUACCUGGAUGCUGCUUAAAAAGUGCUCUUGGACACAGAUGAUAUAUGAGGGAGUCUGAAUACUGGCUAGAAGCAUGGAGGAAAAGGUAUGGAAAGUAGUCUGGAAAGAAGAGAAUGGAUACUUGUAGCAGCUCCUGACUGUAGACCAUGGACUCCUAGCAAGAGUUGGACUCACCCAGGUAUGAGGAGGCCCAGCAGCAUCUUCCAUGGUGGUGUGGCAGAAACAAGCAACAGGAUCUCUGGACUUCUGGCCUUCCACAGGAACAACCCCCUUGCGCUGCUGUCUCCAAAGAAGCAGCCAAAAUAUAAUGGUAAACAGCUACAUGUUAAAGAACAAGGGCCCACUGAAUAUCAAAUAGUGUUUUAACUUGCUCCAGAAUGCGGGGAUGAAAUUCAGUUUCCUGUCACCACUGAAUUGUGACAAGCUACUAGCAAAAGUGACUUGAGAGAAGCUGGCGAGGUUUCCAUAGCUGAUAUCUGAAAGCUAUGUAGAAUUAUCUGCCUCAGCAAAGUGAGGAUAGCAAGCAAAAGAGGCUCUGUUGUCAGGAGUAGGCAAGAGGAAUCACAUAGCUGAGAUGUAUUGAGGUAGAUAAUGCAAAUAGCUCAGGGGGGUUUAGUCUCAUCUUCACCAGAUACAUCAUAUGAACUCAGUAAAGCCGCUUUGUCAGGAAGGAGACAGGGUACUUGUACACACUGUGUGGAUUUCUUCCACAUAGCACUAAUAAGCUGCUGCUAUCACUGUAACUCAGCUACAGGUUAAUCACUUACAUCUAAAUUUUAAAAUUUAGAAACAACGCUCUUAUGAGUCCUGUUAUUUAGGGUGGUGUAGAUUAGGGUAGGAUAGGAGCCCAGGUUUUGGAUUUGGGUUGAGAAGAAGUAGUGUGAACCUUUUCUGAAAAACUGGGCAUUCCUACAGCUAAUGGCUUGAGAGGUCAGUCAUUCACGGCAAAUAACUGAAAAUAACUGGUGGGUACAGAGAAGUUCAUCACAAUCCCAAGCAGUUAAAGCUGUUAUUCAUUGCGGGGAACUGCACUGCCAGGGGCUUGGGCAUUCUGUGCAUUAGAGUGCACCCACAGGCAGCCAACCUGUGCAGGGUUUUUCCUCUCUUUUCAUAAAACCCUGGCAUAUCUGUGGGAGAUGAAGUCAGAAUCUUUUGACUUGCACAAAAGUAAGAAGAAUGCUUCAUCCAUUUCUGCUGGAGAUAUAUCUGGUUAUUUCUCCAUGUGGUUGUGUGAAAUUUCUUGGCAAAGUUCAGCUCUUAGGAAGGCUAUUAUAGAACAGAGAUUCUGCUGCAUCAGCAUUGUGUGAACAGAUAUUAAAAAUAGACAUAAAUAGGAAUGGCAGGUGUUGGUAGCAUCAGUCUGUAAGUCAAUUGCAUGUGGUUUCCAUAAAGUUCAUUCUUUAAGAAAAUCAAUACUAAGAAAAUAUGAUGACUUCUGCACCUACUCUGGAAACAAAGAGAUCGCUGUGCGAGACCUGAGGAAGAGAUCUCCUCAGCUGAAAAUGGAGUAGCUGCUGCAGCUCCCAUUGCCUGUCCUGAGUCCUCAGCCUUCUGCUGUCCCUGGUGCAAGAGCGGUGGCAGAUAGCAAUCAAGGAGUCAGGACUUCUGCUCCCACCACUCUUUCUUACCUUUUCCGUGACUGCUUUGUCUCCCAAAGCUGGUCACAAAACACGUGGUGUGGCGACAGGCUUAGAUGGAGAUGAGGAGGAGGAGUUAAACAGAAGCAUUUUCAAAAAUAAUUUGGAGUGUGCCCUGAUGGUGUGGUAGUGGCUAGGAGUGGAACAGCACAACUUCUUAAUGUGUGGCAGGUCAGAGCUAAAAGCUCAAGAAAACGCUGUGGUGAACAGCUGGUUUUUCCCAGUGCCUUAUGUUGCUACGUAGGCAAGUGGAAGCUGCCUCUGGAGGUCCAUGGAUGAGUGCUCGUUGCAAACUGACAGACCCAGAUGUCUCUCAGCUUUCAGGUUCACAAGCACAUCUCUCUAACAAGAGCAGUAGGUUUGGGGCACUCUUUGUCCCUCUUUGUCCUACAGAUUCUCCUUCCACCCCAUGUUUCUCCAGAUUAAGUGAUGCUAGCACUGGGGCAGGACAAACUUUCACCUGCCAGAAGCCCGUUCUGACACUGCUCCUGAGCCAUUUCCCCAUGCACUUCCACCAGAGGUAACACAGCCUCACAUUAUCCCAUCCUACAGCAGGCAGAGGGGGAGCAGCUAUCACCGAGUCCUACAGCAGACCGGCUGCUGUCAGCAAGAGAGGAUUUAGCCUGGGGGAUCUGAAGAUUUUAAUUUCCUUUCUUCUCUCUCUGACUUUGCCAGUUUCCUUCCUCUGAGGUCUUCUAUACGCACAGCUUGUAAACAAGAGCAGAGGAGAGAAGGAGGAAGGGUCUCAAAAUAGCCUGACUGCCUGCUAAACUCUGAUCAGGUGGUGGCACUUUGCAGGUCUGUCGUGAGGAAAGGCGACAGGCAAGGUAAAGGUGGAUUAUGGGAGUCCAGCCAACAGGAUAUUAGAGAGAGAAAACUUUAUAAAUUUUUAACAGAUAAUUUUUUGCUUCUGUAAGGAAAAUAUUCAGCUUAUGUUUACAAGAAAAUACUGGCUGUCCAGGCACAUCUUCACUGUCACAAACGGAGCUAUUAUAAAUGUGCAAAAAGGUUCCCCCAUCCAAAGCUGAGAUUCCAAAACUACCUUCUCUGUGAGUUCUGUUAGAGAUGCUGGAAGAUGACCACGGUCUGCCAGUUUCUUAAGGAGUGGUUCUAUUUGUUACAGUAUUUGAAAUGCGUGAUCCUGAAAUAAUGGCUCAGGGAUUGCUCAAGAGCAUAGGAUGCAUCAUCUCUGGGAAGAUUGCUUCUCUCCCCUCUUUCUGCUUUCUCACUUGUAAGACAACAUCUUCUGGAAUGGGGCUUUUGUGCACGUUGCCAAAAAUCAGUUUGUGAAUUUGUGCUUCUGAAGCGAAGAUGUUGAAUGAUGUAACCCAAAUUGCCAGUCAGCUGGGUAACGCCAGUCAAUAUUCUGGAGCCUGGAAUGGAAUAAAGUUCACAUACCUGCAUUCCUUCUAGUUGUAGCUCACUUAAGCAUUUGAAAUAUCCACUGAGUGAAUACUCUGGGGUUUGGAGGUCAGCAGUGCUAAAAAGUGCUCAGAGGCUAGUUUGCGGAGCAAGGUCUUUGACUGGAGGAAAUGAGAUACAAACCAGCACUUUUUCCUGGGGCCUGAAAGAGAAAGGAUACCUUGAGAGCUUGAACAAUCUGCCCUCUGUUACAAUACACACCCUGUUUUACCUAAUUCAGUGUCCAGGUCACAGCAGCGAGCUCCCAAGCAUUGAACAUCUAUGAUUUAUAGCAGCACAGAUGAGGUCUUCAGCUUCUGCACUGCGCACCUCACAGUAGCAACAGUGAUACUGCUACAAGAGAGUGAGAGGAAACUAACUUUGAACAGGAGAAUAGUCACAAUUAAGCCUUUUGGAGAGUUUUUAGCAUUCUGAGCCUAAGCAUAAGGAAAAGGUGCUUCUUCAGCUUAAUGCUUUUUACAUAAACAAAUGCUGACUUAGUAGUAGUGUGUGGAUGGGUCCACUGAACAUACAGGUUUGACCUGAACGAUGUAUUCCCCCAGCAGUUUCCUUGGAUAGCACAUCUGUAAGGGCAGGGCCAUGUUACUGGCUGGCCAAGCGGAGUGAAAACAAUGGAGCUUGACCUGCAGCAUAGAGAUGUUGGCCCCAGUAAGCUCCCUCCCUGCUCUGUGAAUUAGUUUUGUACUCACAAGAGGUUUGAUAAGAGACACAGAAGUGGCAUGGAAAGUGAAAACAUGAUUCAGAAGCAAAAGAAAAUAUGCACAGUAAGUAUCUCUUCCUGCAAACCUUGCCUGGCUUUUAUCCUUACCCUGUAACUCCUAGAGCUACCCCAAGUGCUGACUCCCUCUUCCUUUAAAUGGUUAAAAUCUAACUGUGCUCAGGAGGGCAGAGGGUAGUUCAAAACAUAAAUAAAGAUGCGAGGCUAAACAUCGGGCAAGCCACACUGAUGUUUCAACAUUCAAUGGGGUCGUACACUGAGCCGUACACCCAGCUGGACUCUGCAGGAUAUUUAUAAAAAUUUGCCUCAGUAAGCCCAUCUAACUCCACUCUCAUUUUCCAGUGUCCAAUAUUGGAUGUCAGUUCUGCUGUUGCUGCACUAACAGCAUCUCAUUUACAGUCUGUAGCCCUUCCGCUCACGUACACGAGGACAGAAUGAUUCAGAUUAGUCUUGCCAGCCUUAUUUUGUGUCUGGGCUUCAGAGAGAAGGUGGGGUGCCAGGCUCACACAGCAGUCAGUGAACCCUGGGAAAAAUUAUUACCCCAACACAAGGCAUAGCAUCCUCCAGUUUAUCAGAGAUGACUGGGACCAUUGUAAAAGGUGACAGCAAAGUUAUGACAGGCAACCAUACAAGGAGAUGAAAGUCUUUUGUUUCUUUAACUUACUGUCAGUCUCCACCAGUGAUUACUGGAAGCAGAAGGAGGGGAUAACUGGAGAUGCAGAAACUAUUUUCUGUUGAAGAAUGUUUGUAUCUUCAUAUUUUGUUUUCAAGAGCAUCACAAUCAUUGCCUUGAGCACAAAAUGUCUCUAGAUAUCUCUACAUGCUCUAUAUAGGUAGAGUGUAUUGAGAGACUACAAAGUAUAUAGAGAGAAUACAGAGAUAUACUCUCCAUAUCUCUGUAUACUUCGGAUCAUUGGAUUUGACAGCCCAUUAUUUGGGGUGAUGGGAAAGUGCCUGUGUUUGAACUGCCAACCUACGCUUGCCAGCCCAUUAUUGACCUUCUUCUGGAAGUGAAGAGCUGGAGUCCAGCUGGAGCACAGCCUGUGCUUUAGAAACACAAUCGAGGCAUGUUCUGAUGUUGGCAGCAUAAGCCCACCACUUCCAGGGUUGCAGGAGCCUCAGACCUCACACUGGUGAGACUGAGCCCUGGAACUAUGGUUCCCUCUGUAUUGAUAAAUAUCUAAGGAAUGCCCCUGAAUGCAUGUCCUUAAUUACUGGAGCUGUGGGGCCUAGAAGGACAACAUAAUCAAGCACCCUUGCUUAAUUGUUUAAAGUGCUGUGCAUGUUGCUUGGAUUCCUCUUGACACUGCUAGAUUAGCUAUGAAAUAGGAAUGCUAAACUUUGAAAACAGGACAACCAUAUGCCUUGGUAAUUGCCCUUCUCUUUACCUCUCCUACCUUGCCCCUUCUCUGUGCUCCACCUCAUGCAAUUCAAUCAUAUUUUAUUGCUAUAUUUUAUGGUGGUGUAAUUAGUCCAGAGGACUAACAAAUAUAUGCCUCUACAAAAUGCAUAUUAGUUUCCAUAGUUGUUGGAAUCCAAAAUAUUUUUCUACCACUGCUGUGUGAGCUUUUUUCUUGUUCUCUGAGAAACAAUGUUUUGUGUUGCUACUCUGGCUCCUAUUCCCAUUACUUCCCUUAUAAUAACAAGAAAUUUCUGGGUGUUAGAAGCUGUCCUAGGGCCAGUGAGCUCUUCACCAAAAUUUCUUCUCCAAAAGAGUGGUCAGGCACUGGAAUGGGCUGCCCAGAGAGGUGGUUGAGUCACUGUCCCUGGACAUGUUCAAGAAACGUGUAGAUGUUGUACUAAGGGAUAUGGUUUAGUGGGGAAAUACUGUUGGUAGGUGGACGGUUGGACUAGAUGAUUUUGUAAGUCUUUUUCAACCUUGAUGACUCUAGGAUUCUAUGAUCCACUGCUAUUAUUGUUGGGAUAUCAUGGAUGUGUCAGUCAAUCUAUGUGUAACUGAGCAGGGUUUUGACUGAAGCCCCCAUAAAUACUAAUAGCAGCAGCAGCAAUGAGACAGGGCUGUUCCCUACGCAGCAGACAUUGCUGCUUGUGUUUAAUUACUAACUGGUCUAGGAAAUUCAUUGUAUUUCAACCAUUGCUCUAGGGACUCUACCUGCCCACCAGCACCACAUUAGCUCCAGUCAGCAAGCUGCUGGACACUGACUUGACAGCAGCCCAUGGCCAACUUUGUAUGCUCUCUCUGCUGAGCAGAUGGAGGUAUCUGUCCCUUCCCAUGCAGUGCACCCUUUUCUCACUGACUAUCCAGUGUCUAGGGGAAAAUUUCCUCAAAGCUACUAUCUCAGAAUCUCUUAAAUAAUGUCCCAACAGGGCUUCUUGGACAUGUCUGCAAGAUUGAGCAUUAGAUUUGCUUCUAAGAAUUGUGAACAUUGCUACUUUUUUGAGAGGGCAAAUUUGGCCCCUUCUGUGCUGCCAGUGGAACUGAAAUGGUCUCAUUCACCUAACAGCCACUCUUCUCAAGAGAAUGCAAUAAAACCUCCCAAAGUGAAAAAGAAGCAACUGACAUUUGCCAGCUUCAUGUGAAAAUGAUCAUUUAUUGUAGGGAGCCAAAGAAACCACUGGAGCAAGCUAUCCGAAGAAAGUUUUCAGAAACAGAUGACUCCUGUUGAAGCAGGUCAAACCAAACCAUCUCUUUCAAUUUCAAAACCUAUGAAGCUAUGGUGAAACACAGGAAAGCACCCAGAGAACUCUUCUUUCACUGUGAACAAGAUACAAAUGAGAGGACAUGACCACAGUGUUACUCUCAGGAAGUGCUAGUUAAAUCUCCCAUCUCUUUGCAGUUUUCUCCUCGCAACUUCCCCAGUGGGCAUCAUGACUGCACUGAUCUUGAGCAGAGGCUUUUAUGGUUUUGUCCAAGAUGACUGGGCAUUGUGUAGUACCCUAUGCCAAAAUCAACCUCUAGAUCUUUCAUAAUUUACUGAAAAUGUGAUAAAUGCGCCCCUAGAAAAUGUGCAAGCAAGAAAAUCUCUGUUUGCAUUUUGUGAAGCAGUGAAUCUCACUGCAAUCAAUACAACAUCUCUUUUCAUAUUAUUUGCUAAUAAGAGUCAGUCACUUUCAUGGGGAGACAAAUUUUUUUCACUCACUUCUCUGCAGGGCAAAUGUCUUUCCCUCCCUGUAGAUGGCAGCGUGCAGGGAGACCCUCUUCCAAUAGGAAUGGCUGCAUUUGGCCUGCCAGCCAUGGGAUUUGUAGGUGCUGUGGGAUUCAGCACUGCAGUAGCAGUGGGAGGCUGAUGUGGUGCCCACGGUACAGCCCUUCCACCAGCAGUCAGCUCAAGUCCUGUUCAAGUGCCUAGUGUGCCACUGCCAAUACGAGCACACGGGGGCUCACUGACUUACCCACACAGGCUAGUGGUAAACAAGCGACACUGAGAGCAGUCUUGCGGCCUCCUUUUACGGGCAGUCUGAGUAUAGCCAUGUGCCUUACAGCAUGUUUUUUCUUUUCAUGCUUAUCUUGGCCAGUGAUUGUUUACACUCAUCUGUGGGACUGAGGAAAUUAAAACAGCAAGCGAAGGUGUGCUGGUGGGCCUGUCUGUAUUUCUCACUCCCUACUCAAGAUCCAAAUUCUACCUAAAAUGUAGCAUGGAAAUGUCUUCCUGCCAGGCUCCUGCUAGGACCAUGCCAUGCCAGGGGUCUCGCUCAGAGAGCAGCCUGACGUCGUAUGAGGGCAGCAAGUGGUGGUUCACGUGGUGGUUUUGCUUCAGGAUAUGAUAAAGAGGUUUAUGUUGAGAAAAGCGUAGCAACAGGUCAGAAACAUUCACGACAAUGAAUGCAUUCCAGGAUUGCUUAUGCUUACCGUGCCUUCACAAAUAUUUUUAAAAAGCAGUCUGUGUUGAUAGAAAGCAGUUCCAUUGUAUCAGGAGGCCCAGUCUCAACUGUUUUCAUGGAGCUGGGCAUUCGCUCCAGUGACUUAUCCAGAACAACUCAUCUGAAGACAUGGUAUCGCACUGAAAAGCCAUUUCCUGGUAACAUGGCAUCUUCCUUGGCAAAAGCUUCUUAAAACAAACAAAAAAGGCACAAUAGAUACAUUUCUCAACUCCAGACUUGUUUUAGAUCGUAUCUGCCUGACAGUAUGCACUGUUGGUCACACAGUAAGCAGCUUUCCCUAGUUUUCUUAUUCCUGCUAGAAGAUCCUGCACACCCUUUAUGUAUGUUUGCAGAUAUAGAUCUAUGAUUACUUUGGAAGUGCAAAAUACUUGGCAUAAGGGAUUGGGACAGAGUUUCCAUGGCUCUGACAAAUCUCUGUGCCUUCAGAUUUGGCUGGCCCAAAACAAAAUCUGUGCUUCAAAACGUGAUUUGGUUUUUCAGCAAUAAAACAAACAUCUCAGACAGUGCUUUUUGGCUUUGUAUCACCAUCUGACCUUCUGCCUUCAGGGCUUAGGAAGGAGGCUGGGGGGAGAACACACGCACAGCUGAAAUUGGCAUUUCAGAGUGAUUUCUGGCUUUGAUUCCUCCUUUAUGGAAUCCUAUCAACCAGCCAGUUGUCUGAGUGUGAGUUUCUGAGUGGUCCUGCUUGGCCUCUUCAGUGUGAAUCAGCAAGUGCAUGGGAUACCACCUACACCUUUGAAGACAGCAUCAAGCAGGGAUUUAAGGUUAUUUGUUGCUUAGGAUUUGCUAUGGGCUCUUUGCUCUCAACUAUACUCCAUUCUUGAAAUGGACAAUUUGUGCUGCCUGCCUUCCCCUUUCUACUCCUUACAUGCUCCUGCUUCUUCUUUCUCCAGCCAGACCUGGAGAGACUCACAGUAAUGCUUGUUACUGAGUUUAGGACUGCUCAGAAGAGCUCCACGUGGUGUGUAUGUAGUGUUAGUGAAUGAACAGUUUUGUAUUGGGACAUUAAUUACCGAGGGGCCUGGCACAGAGCAGGAAAUACAAGUCCUUUUCUUACAUAAACAUGUUCAGUUUUGGUUGGCUGAGUACCUGGAUACCAAUUCCCUAUGGGUUGGGAUCACUUUGGUGUACUUAUGCAGUUACGUUCCUGUUUUGAAUUUAACAACUCCCUAACUAUCAUCACCAAGGAAGAAAAAAUAUUGAUAUGCAAGUUACAAGAGACAGCAGACAAUUUUGUUUUCCAUUUCAACAGAAACGAAGAAAAAUAUUUAGCCAGAGGCAUCACUAAACAGCCUGCUCUGCUCACGCAGAAAACUGGAUGAACCACAUUUGUCAUUUCUUGACACAACACAGUAUUUCCUAAUUUUUGUUCUUUUCAGAAUGGGGCCUUAAACAGAAGAAGUUCUCUCUGUGUACCUCUGAUAAUUAUAUCUUGUUAUAGAAAGGAAAAAAAAAAACCAACAAAGUAAAAAACCUACACAUGUUGAAAUGGGGGGUAAGAAUCCAAACACUGCAUCACACAUGCUAUCUAACUGCACAAGUAUCAGAGGUUUGUGCACUGUAAGAAAUACUGUCAACACUGAAAAUAGUCUGGGAAACGCUGCUUUGAGUUUUAAUAAUAUGGAGUGUUAAUUUAAGAGGUCUUAGGAUAAGUACAAGCAUCAGCUAAUUACGUUUUAUAAGCAGAAUAUAGGCAGAGGCUUUUCAGAGAUCAAAAUGAAGUACACUGCUUAAUACAGUGGAAAUAUAUGGGGAAAUAGUUGGAAGUGUGUCUGUAAAGUAAGUUUACUGAUUUAUUUACCUCUCAGUCAGCCUUACUCUCUCUGUCCUCCUUCUAUUUGCUCUGUUUCCAGCAUAAAGUCUCAGAUGCAGAUUUUGGGAGGGCUGUGGAGGAGAAGAUAAUUGCUUUAUUUUUUAAAAAAUUCUGAAGAGGCAGGAUUUUCUUGCAAGAUAAUCCCGAGAAGAAUUUCCAACAAAAGGCUAUUGUGGCCAGAGAAGCAAAUCUUUUGGUUUUCCUUAUGUUAGAUAAUGAUAGUUAGUCUGAAACAUGAUAGUAGCCUGCCUGUAGCAGCAUGGCAUUCAGUAGGGACAGAAGACACUACUGAUGAGGGGUAGACAUAUUUAGAAAAAUAUCUUUGUGGACCUUUGAGAAGUUGGCAGAAAAUAAAACAAGGAAGGUAGAAGAAGAAUGAUUAUUAACUUAGGAACCAAAGUAUUUUAUAUCAUAUCAAGCUGAUUUAGUAAUUUGGUGCAACUGAAGAGAGAAAGAGAACCUGAGUUAAAAGGAAGUAAACCAGGACAGAAAACUGAUCUGAAGUGACCCACACCAUUGCAGUGCCCACCCUCAUUCAAGUUUCCAAUAUCUGGUGAAAUUCGAAGCGCAUCACAAAAGAAUUUGAAGUCCCUGAAGAAGACAGAAUAUUCUAAAGCAUGGCUCACAUGCCAGACUUCAGACUAUAUGAAUACUUCAGUGUCUCAGAAAAUUAUCUCCAGUCAUCAAGAGCAAUAUUCAAGUGAAAUUAUCUAAGCACCAGUAAGAGAUAAAGUAUGGAGCGUUAAUAAUAUGGAACCUAUGCACAAAGCAGUGGAAGAUGGGAAAGAAGGGGGUGGCCUUACUUGUGUUAUAAGCAGCAAUAUGACUACUUUGACACAACACAUAAAGAAGAGGGAAGUAGCCACAUGACAGAUGAAGAUGAUAAGAUGAUCUAUAGUGACACAGAAAAAAUACUUACUCUGUUUUUAUUUGUAUCUGGGAGACAGAAGCUGAUGUGCAUAUAUGCCUUCUUUCUUCUCACAACUAAAAAGGACUAUAUUAGACUACUCUGACUGGGAAGAAAUGUUUUGAAAAUCAGAAAGCCUAGAUUACUUGCAGUCAAGAGACUUACAGAGAUGAUGGAGAAGACCCUGGCCUAGAAAUAAUGUUACAACAAAUCCUGAAACACUGGAAGGACCCUAGAACAAUGCACAGCAUUCAGCCAGCAUCCCAGUAGGUCACCAGGACACUUGACAGCACUGCAGUUCAGUUUGCCUGAAAGGGGAUCCUAGGCCAAAAAAUGGGAUAGCAAGCAGAAAAAAAUGAAUUGUUAAUGAAAUUUGACUGGAACAAAGUCACUAGAAGUCUACACUGUUUUACAACAUAGCAUUCUUGUAGGAGACUAAUGAUACACAAUGUGUGUGUAGUUUCUUCCAAAGGGAUUAACACAGGGAUUGAAGCCACUCCAAAAAACUCAUUAGAGUGUUCCUUUCAGAUGGCCAUGCAUGUGCAGCAGGUUAUUCUGUGUUGCGUAGGUAUGAGCUGACUGAGCCAACCAGAUGGUAGUUUGACUACAGUGUCUCAGUCAUCAGCUAUGGGUCACAGGUAAGGCUGAGGCAGCAUUGAUCUUGCCACACUGGCAUUACUGAUCUCUGCUGUAAAAACUCCACAAAGGACUUUGACAAUUUGUUCUUCUGAAGGCAAGUCAGAUGAUCAGUGUGACUGAGCAUGUGAGCAAGAGACACUAGCAAAGCACCGAAGGGAGUAGGAUCUCAGCAGCUGGAAACGAAACCAGCUCCUGGUAGGGACUGAAAAAAAAAAAUGAGAUUGUAAGAACAGAAAAGUUUCCUGCCCCAAUCCAGUUUGAGCAGGGGUGGGGUUUUAUCCCUGUGUACAGUACUAGGGAGAUUGUUUCAAGGCCCACAGUUUUAGAAGGCAGUUGAAAUACUGGAGUGGGUGCAAAAAACAGCCACAAAAAAAAUUGUGCAAGGCCUAGAGAAAAAUGGCAAAAUAAAGACUUGGAGAACUCAGUUGGUUGAGUGUAAUAAAGACUUGUAAAAAAUGAGAAGUGACUUGAUUACAGAGGAUAUCUCCCUCCUGUGGGAAAUUGUCAAGGACAGAAGAGCUCUUAAUCUAGCAGAGAAAUGUGUAAUAAAAGCCAAUAGUUGAAAGUGGAAGCCUGAGAAAUCCAAAUGAGAAAAUAAUCAGAGAUGUUUGACAGUGAGAAUAAACAUUAAAACAAA